AUGACCCUGUAUCUACGACAACGAAACUGUAUCAUUCCAGUCUCCUGUAAGGUCCGGAAAUUCGGUAAGCCCGGACCCCCAAUGACGCAAUCAUGCGCUCGAGCUCGCUGGCUCGCGCUGCAUAAUCCGAAAAGGGUAACCGUAUGCCCCGAUCCGGUAGUACCUUGUUCAGAUAAGGGCUCUUCCCAAAAGAACGUCUUAGGGCUGCUCUUUCGGGAAAGCCACAUACCAUAUCUUAACACGUGCAUGCUUGCUUCCCUUUUAGGAAGGCGUAUUUCCCGUUCAGUUUCUGUUCUAUUUUUUCCUUCCUUUUUGCCAUCUAUUCUUAGUUUCUUUUCCUUGCAUAUCGUGCUCUACGAAGCUCAUCCUUUUUUUAAUAUCUACAAUGGAGCGAACGGUGAGCGUCUCCGAAGUAGCUCGAACAACACGUUCACUCCAAAAAGUUCAGGUUUACCACUAGUUUGGACGAGUCUUGAAUUGUCACAAAUCCAGGAAGACCACAAUCGCUCGUCUACGUCUUCGCUUUUUUCUUGA